AUGUCGUCGCUUGCUUGCCCCUCUACAGCAGCAGCAGCAACUGCUGUUGCUGCUGACGCUGAUGCACGCUGGACAAGCGCAGGAGGGUGUCGGGGAACAUCAGGGCCUUCAGAUGCCGCUAAAGUGGAAGCAGCAACAGCAGCAUCUUGUGCAGCAGAUGCAGCAGCAGCACCAGCAGCAGAUGCAACAGCAGGAGAUGCGGCAUCAAGCAUAGAAGCAGAUGGAGCGGAAGCAACACCAACAGAUGCUGCAGGGGAAGGGCCCGAAUCCCUGCUUCUGCACUGGGCAGAUCGGUAUCGGCUGCGCAGCAGGUGCCCGCUGAGGCGGCAGCAGCUGCAGAACCACCCUGCUCUGCUGCAGCAGCUGCUGCUGCAGCAGAUGGUUGAUAUAGUGGAUGCGUCUCUUGAUGCGUUGGCCUUUCAAACAGGGCACAUGCAGCAGCUGCUGCAGCGGCAGCAGCAAGAGGCGCAGAAGCACGACCGCACUUGCCCUGUUGCUGCUGCUGCUGCUUCUGCUUCUCAAGCAGCAGCAGCAGCUGCUGCUGCUGCUGCUCUUGAGAGUGAGACAGACACUGCUCCCCUGAAGCAAUUUAUGAGGAAGAAGGCCGGCAGGAAGACGCAGAAACAGCAGCAGCAGCAGCAGGAAGUACUAGACUGGCUUGCUGCAGCGGACGCACAUCCUAUGGACGAUGCCCUGCGAGCUGCUCUGCUGCUGCAGGACGAAAACCCUUAUCAGCGCUGCACUUGUGCUGCUAGUAGCUCCUCAGUAGCACCAGCAGCAGCACCAGCAGGAAAAGCACCAGCAACAGGACAUGCAGGGGCCGGUGCAGCAGCAGCAGCAGCAGUAAUAGCAGCAGACGCAAUAUGCAGCAACCGUUACAGCAGCGACGACGUGCUGCCGCCUGUAAGCGCAUGCAGACCACCGCGGAGUUCGUACACCUCCUUUCCCCCUCCUCCUGCAGCAGCAAUGUCUCAACUGAUGCUGCUGCGCCCUCCUGCUGCUCAUCAGUCCCUGACUGGCUUCUCUUCUUACAGCGAAGUAGCGUUUGCUAGCCCAUUGCCCCUCCGCAGCUGCAGCAGCAGCAGCAGCAGAAGCUCUAAACCUCCGCUGCUGCCGCUCCCUUCCGUUGCAACAGCAGCGCCGCCCCCCCUAACGCAUCUCAAAAUGCCCGCGCUCGAGCCCUGGCUGCAGCAGCUAAAACGUCACCUUGCUACUGCUGCUGCUGCGCCUGCUACUGCUGCUGCUGCAUCCGCUCAAGCAGAAGCAGAUCAAAGGUUCCAGAAUGGAGAAGAGCGUCGUACAGAGCGCUUCGCAGCAGCAACACCAGCAGCAGACUCAGCAGCAGCAGCAGCAGCAGCAGCAAAAGCAUCAGCAGAAGAGGAGCCUGUGGCUUACCACGUUGUCGUCGUUGGGGGAGGGGUUGCGGGGCUUGCAGCAGCGGCGGUGCUGCGGCUGUUUGGCGUUUCGGUGCUGCUGGUGGAGGCGGGGCAGCAGCUGGGUGGGCGCGUGCGGACUGCUGCUAUGCAUACAGCAGCAGCAGCAGCAGGAACCGCAGCAGGAACAGCAGCAGGAACAGCAGCAACAGCGGCAGCAGCAGCAGAACACGAUUUACGGAAACUGAUGCUGCCCUCUGCUAGCCACAGAAAAAGAAAAACAAACCUUCAUUCAUCUCGCUUUUGGUAUUACGUCUCCUCGCCGGAGGACUCUGAAGAGCAGCAAACUGCACCAGCAGCAGCAGCAGCAGCAGCAGCGCCACCUCCAGCAGCACUAGCAGUGGCUGGUAGCACCCUCGAAAGGGAGCUGAGGCGUUCCCUCAGACGCACAACACUUGCAGCAGAGCAGCCGCCAAAGGGUGAGGCUUCCACGUCCUUAUCAGCUGCUGCUGCUGCUGCUGCAAUAAAAGCGGAGGACGUGGCGGCACCAGCAGCAGCAGAAGCACCAGAAGCGCCAACCGCACGCCAGACUUCGCAUUCACCUACGCUGGUAUCAACGGCAGCAACAAGCGCAGCAGCCGAAACAACAACAGCAGCAACGCCCACAACAGUUGCAGCAUCAGUAUCAGCUACAGCAACAAAAACAGCAGCAGCAGCAGCACGCAGGUCUGCAGGGCCGCUGCAGCUGUGUAUAGACCUAGGGGCAAACUGGCUCAUGCGAGAUCGAAGCAAUCCGCAAUUCGUUUGGCGUUGGGCGGCGCGGCUGGGUGUCCCUUCAGUUGGCUUCUGGGGAAAUUGGGGGCACGGCAGCAGCAGUAGCAGCAACAGCAGCAGACGCAGACGCAGCAGACGCAGCAGCAGCUGCAGCCAGAGACGCACACGGAGCAGCGACACUCCCAACGGAAUGAGCUCAAGCAACACCGUAGCACCGCAAAUAUCAUCCGACGGCGCAACAGCAACAGCAACAGCAGCAAGAGCAGUAGCAACAGCUACGGAUGCAGGCAACAGCAGCGACGACGGUGCAAGUGGGGUAGAAGGAGGUGGUGGGGGCUGGGAGCCGCUGGUUCAUGCAGCACAGUGGAAAGACAGCAGCGGCAGCACAAUACCCCCCGCCCGAAUUGCCUUCCUUAAAGACCUGCAGGACGCCGUUCUUGUUGCUGCUACGAUGACAAAAGCUGCGAGAGAAAGGGCCCUAAAGAGGGCCCCUCACGCCCAAUACAGGCUCAAACAGCAGCAGCAACAACAACAACUGCAGCAGCCGCAGAGAGGGAAACGGAAGAUGGACGACUGUACGAGCAAGGCGUUGCAUGCCGGUCCUGCUGGUGCUGCUGCUGCUACUUCUGGUGCUGCCGCUGCGCUCGUCAGGCAUGAUGAUGCGUCGGAGACCUCAGCAACUCCUUCUACUGCUGCCACUGCAGCAGCACCUUCCACAGCAGCAUUAGCAGCAGCAGCAGCAGGCGCAGCUGCAGCAACAGGUGCUGCAGCAUCUGCUUCUGCCAAACCACAGAGCCUAUUGUCUGCACUUCGCGGUGCGAUGCGUUUUGUUGUCGAUGAACAACAGUCGCUGGGGCUGCCUGACUUGCAAGAACUCUCGCAUGCAUCUGCCUCCAGCAGCAGCAACAGCAGCAGCAAAAGGAACAGCAUGAACAUUAGCCAGCGUCGAGGCAGGAGCAGCUCGCCUACCGAUGAAGCAGCCGAGAGCAGCAGCACCGCCAUCAGCAGCAGCAGCAGCAAGCUGACAGAAACAGACAUUCGAAUCGUAUGGAAAAUGCUGCAGCGGUCUUUAGGCUACGUAUGUAGUUUACACCGACUUGCUGCUGAGCCCCCAGUCUCUUUGUCUGCCGAUGAGGAAGAGCCCCCUCCUGCUGCUCCUGCUGCUGCUGUUGCUGCCAAUGGCGGAGGCCAGGUAGCUGCUUCAAGAGUUUCUGCUGCGGCUGCAGCGCCUAAUGCGAAGCGGCAUCGAGCAGCAGAAGCAAACGGGGACAAGCCCCUGAGGGUCGCACGAAGACGUACUGCUGCUAGUGCUGCUGCUGGUGCUGCUGCUGCUGUACGCGGAGGAGAAAGUACAGCAUGCAGCUGCAAGCAAGGAAGCUGCAGUAAGGGCAGCAGAGGGGUUAGGCGAGCUGCUGCCGGGCUUGGAGCAGCAGCAGCAUCACCAUCAACAGCAGCAGCAGUAGCAAGAGGCGCUUCAACAUAUCCACUUCUUGCGACAAUGACGCAGCAGGACGCAGGCAGGCGUAGAAGUCUCCUGCAGCGUGGGCAGGAGCCGGUUGAUUCGCAGAAGAAGAAGCAGAAGCAGCAGCCUGAGCAGCUGCAGAAAGAGCCGCACGACCAACAACGCCAGCAGCAACAGCAGCGGCAGCAACGGCAGGAGCAGCAACAGCAGCAACAGGAGCAGCAGCAGCAGCGUCGUUCCCGUCGAGGUCAGCCUGUUUUCUCGUUUCUUCGUGCGAAGGAAUACCAAAUUUUAGGGCGCAUUGAAGCCAUGCGAGCUGCUAAAAGCCGCGUGGGGCCAACCCGCACUCCGACUCAGUGGGAUCGACGGGUAGAAAGCUUUGACCGACUCUUCGUUCAGGGCUAUGCGUGGCUGCCGCGGCUGCUGGUUCGGGGCUUUGAUCUCGCGAGCUGCUGCUUGAUGGGUUGGCGCGUAAGGGCCGUAGAAUUGCUGCCUUCGUCAGAUCAGCAGCAGCAGCACCAGCAACAGAACCAGGGACAGUUGGAGUUGGAUGCAGCUGACUGUAUCAAGGCAACCAACAGCCACCUCGCUGGGAGUCGACCCCGAUCUCGUUCCCGAUCCCCGUCGUGGGAUUCGUCGCGGUCGCGGUCUCCUUCGCAGGAGUCUGCUUCUGAGCAACAACUUCACUGGCAGCAGCAGCAGGAGCAGCAGCAAGAUGCUGCUAUUAGGGAAGCUGUUACGAGCCUUGUUGAGGCUCUCCAGCAGCGAACUGGAGCCUUAGAUGGCAACAGUGCGUCUACUGUCGAACCUCCUGCAGCCGCACCAGCAACUGCUGCCGCUGCUGCUGCUGCUGCUGCCGCUGCUCCAGGAGGCGGAGCCGCAGGAAGUUCGCUGUCCUUGCAGUGGAUCUCUCCCGAAUACCACUUCAUUCGGCUGAAGCUCCACAGACACCGCGAGGACCCUGAGCUGCAGGCGCUGCAGCAGCAGCAGCAGCAGCAGAAGCUCCAGCAGCAAGAACCGCACCAAAUGCAGCCUCAUGAAUCCCACCACGCGCAGCAGCAGCAAGAUCACUUGCCCCAGGAAGACGACUUGCAGCAGCAGCAACAGCACCAGCAGCCGCAGCAGCAACAACAGCAGCCGGAUUCUCGUGUUGCUGAGGAGCGCUGUGUGUAUGCGAUGCGAGCCAUUGUAGCAGUCCCCAUAGGAGUUCUACAAGACGGCUCUCUGUCGUUCUGUCCUCCUCUCCCUUUAGAAAGGCAAACCGCUAUUCGCCGUUGGGGCGCAGGCAGCCAUAACAAAGUCAUACUGAUAUUCAAGGAGGCUUUCUGGCUGCGAGAGGGGCCAGCGUACUUCUUGAGCCCGGCGAGCAGUCUGCGUUUUCAGUUUAUGAGUUUACAUCAAUUGGGGGCCCCCGGGUGUUUGGUGGCUCACGGCUUCAACUCUACUGGCUGGCUUAAGGUUCGCAGAGACAGAAACAAACGCAUCAAAGCCCUGCUGCAGCAGCAGGUGCAGCAACGGAUGCAGCAGGAGCAGCAGCUGCUGCAGCAACAGCAAAAACAGCAACACGAGAAGAACAACCAAGGAGAGGCAACACGCAACGACACGCCACGGAGUUGCAGUCGGAUAGACAAAUCGUCCCCGCAGCCCGAGCAGCAGGGGCAGCAACACGGCAUCAAGAGCAGCAGCAACAGCAGCAACAGCAGCAGCAGCAGCGAGGGCGCGUGCUUGCGUAUUCAGGAGGAAGGUCCUGUGCAGGCCUGGGAAGUAAUAGACGAAUGCUGCUUCGUGCUGCAGCAAAUGUUUCAGCUGUCUGCUCAGCCCCAGCCCCUAAAGGCCUUCGUCACCCGCUGGGAUGAAGAUCCACUGUUCAGAUGCGCAUACGGAUAUCCUUCCAAGUAUGUGGAGGCAGAUGAGCAAAGACAAAUGGCGCUCCCUCUCCCCUGGUGUCCGCGGCCCGCUACGAUCGCCGCAGCAAACCCCCCCAUUCUGCAGCAGGUGCUCCAGCUUAUGCAGCAGCAGCAACAACAGCAGCGGCAGCAACAGCGAGCUAAAACGCACGCUGUUCAAGCUGGAGCAAGUGAAGCGCGCCCGAAAGGAAACCCGCAGCUGCAUGCAGGCGAUGCUGCAUCUCCCGCAGAGCCCCCAGGAGCCCAGCUACCAUUAGCAGCACCAGCAGCACGAGUACCAGCAGCAGCAAUAUCACCAGCAGCAGCAGCAUCACCAGAAGCUGCUGCAUCACCAGCAACAGCAGCAGGAGGAGGAGCAGCAGUGACGUUUGAAGGGUGUCUCAGCGAUGCCCGCAUUUUCUUUUGCGGGGAGCACACAUCAGACUUCGGCCAGCAGUGCGUCCAUGGGGCGAUGCAUUCGGGCGUACGUGCAGCUGCAGAAUGUCUUGCUUCUCUGUUUGGGAUCGACGUGCUGCCGUGGACACGCAACAACUGGGGGGAGCAGCAGAACCCUGUUGCUGCUGAUGCCGCUGCUGCUGCUGAUUCUGCGCCAGAAGCUACUCCGGGAGACGCACGACACCAAGACGCCGCAGAUCCUGUAAAGCAAAACGGUCAGCAGCCCGUCGCUGACCUCUAUUCAGGCGCAGGCCGUGAGGAUUCCUGCGGGGUUUCCACGAAAGCAGCAGCAGCAACAGCAGCUGCAAAGACAGACGUGUGGCACAGCUGGUGGUACAGCAACGACCCUUCUUAUUGUUGGGGCCCAUUCCCCAAGGAGGCGCAUAACCCUCCCUUUGAUACCGCUUUAGAGUGCCCCGUGUCCAGGGAGCAGCGGCAGCAGCUGCUACUGCAGAUGUUGCUUAACAUGCAGCAGCAGCAGCAGCAACCGCAGCAGCAGAAGCAACAGCAACCGGAGCAGGAGCAGUAG